AACCCUCCCCCUCCCUCGCUCUAUCCAACAAAGCCCCAACAGCCAACAAUGCCCGACGCCAAAGGCCGCCGCAUCGCUCUCGGAUGCGAAGGCUCCGCCAACAAGCUCGGCAUCGGCAUCAUCGCGCACGACCCCAUUACCGGUGAAGCGCUUGUCCUGUCCAACGUGCGCGACACCUUCGUCUCUCCUCCCGGCACCGGUUUCCUUCCCAAGGACACAGCCCGACACCACCGUGCCUACUUUGUGCGCGUAGCCAAGAAGGCGCUCGCCUUAUCGGGGGUCUCCAUCUCCGAAAUCGACUGCAUCUGCUACACCAAGGGACCCGGGAUGGGCGGGCCCCUAACGUCGGUGGCCGUGGGCGCCCGCACCCUCGCGCUGCUGUGGGGUAAAGAAUUGGUGGGCGUGAACCACUGUGUCGGGCAUAUCGAGAUGGGGCGGGCGAUAACGGGGGCGUCGAACCCGGUGGUGCUGUACGUGAGCGGGGGUAAUACGCAGGUGAUUGCGUACGCGGAGCAGCGGUACCGUAUCUUCGGCGAGACGCUGGAUAUUGCAGUGGGCAACUGCCUGGACCGGUUCGCGCGCACGCUGGAGAUCAGCAACGACCCGGCGCCCGGGUACAAUAUUGAGCAGCUGGCCAAGCAAGGAGGGCGAGUCUUGUUGGACUUGCCGUAUGCGGUCAAGGGAAUGGAUUGUUCGUUCAGCGGAAUCCUGGGGCGGGCAGAUGACUUGGCGGCGCAGAUGAAGGCGGGCGAGCCGGGCCCCGACGGCGAACCGUUUACACCCGCAGAUCUGUGCUUCAGCUUGCAGGAGACGGUAUUUGCCAUGCUUGUCGAGAUCACCGAGCGGGCUAUGGCGCACGUCGGUAGCAACCAGGUUCUUAUUGUUGGCGGUGUCGGUUGCAACGAGCGGCUACAGGAGAUGAUGGGCGCGAUGGCAGCGGAGCGAGGCGGAAGUGUCUACGCCACCGACGAACGGUUCUGCAUCGACAACGGCAUCAUGAUUGCUCAUGCUGGUCUAUUGGCCUACGAGACGGGCUUCCGGACGCCGCUUGAUGAAAGCACAUGUACACAACGCUUCAGAACCGAUGAAGUCUUCGUCAAGUGGAGGGACUAA